AUGGAUGAGCCGAACAUAUUGAGGCGUCGUGGACUACAGAAGGAGUUAAGUCUUCCACGAAGAGGAAAUAUCAGCCGAAACAAGAGGAAGAGUCUUGCUCCUUCUCCAACUUUAUCACGGCCUCUCUCCCCUCUUUCUUUUACCACAGCAGGCAGUAGUCCCUCAGACAGCCCGAGAAAUGUCUCCACAAGUUCCUCUGUAAACUUCCCCUUUGUAAGAAGAGCGGAUGCAAGAAGGUGGUCUUUGGCCUCUCUGUCCUCUGGCUAUGGGACUAAUCCUCCCAGCUCAGCAGUCUCAUCUUCCUCCUCCUCACAAGAGCUUUUGCACCAGCUGCCGUCUCAUCCCACUCAAGAUGAGCUCCAUUUCCUCUUCAAGCAUUUCAGGAGUAGUGAGAGUGUGACAGAUGAGGAGCCUUCUCCUAUUCGCCCCAGGUCUCGCAGUCUCAGCCCUGGACGAACCUGUGGUUCAUUUGAUAAUGAGAUAGUUAUGAUGAACCAUGUUUACAAAGAGCGAUUUCCAAAGGCCACAGCUCAGAUGGAGGGCCGCUUGUUGGCGGUCAUUGCAGACUACUCCCCAGACAGUGCCCUGCCACUGGCUGAUGGAGUGCUGGGCUUCAUUCAGCACCAGCUGGUCGAGCUGGCCAGAGACUGCCUGGAAAAAUCCAAGAAAGGCUUGAUCACAUCUCGCUAUUUCAUUGAGCUACAGGAAAAGCUAGAGAAACUGUUGCAUGAGGCAUAUGAGCGUUCAGAAAGUGAAGAGGUGACAGUCAUUGCCAAACUUGUCAGGAAAAUCCUCAUAAUUAUAUCCAGACCAGCAAGAUUACUGGAGUGUCUGGAGUUUGAUCCAGAGGAGUUUUAUCAUCGGCUGGAGGCUGCAGAGGGUCAGGCUAAAGUGGGACAGGGAAUAAAGACAGACAUCCCGCGAUAUAUUAUCAGCCAGCUGGGGCUCACACGAGACCCCUUGGAGAACAUGGUCCAACUUGAAGAAAACAAUGCAGGGAACUCUGCAGCUGGAGAGUCUGACGACAUGGUGGAGAAUCGUCCUGGUUGUACACCAUCUCGAAGAAAACCACUUGAGAGAGAUUUUGAGACCAUUAAGCUCAUCAGCAAUGGGGCUUAUGGGGCUGUGUAUUUAGUGCGUCACCGUGGGACUAGACAGCGGUUUGCCAUGAAGAAGAUCAACCGGCAGAACUUGAUCCUGAGGAAUCAGAUACAGCAAGUGUUUGUUGAGAGGGACAUCCUGACAUUUGCGGAAAACCCCUUUGUAGUCAGUAUGUUCUGCUCCUUUGAGACACGCCGUCAUCUCUGCAUGGUGAUGGAGUAUGUGGAAGGUGGGGAUUGUGCUAAUUUGCUGAAGAAUAUGGGUCCUCUACCUGUGGACAUGGCCAGAAUGUACUUUGCAGAGACUGUAUUGGCCUUAGAAUACCUACAUAAUUAUGGCAUAGUGCACAGAGAUCUAAAGCCUGACAAUUUACUCAUCACAUCAAUGGGACACAUUAAGUUGACUGACUUUGGACUGUCUAAGAUUGGUCUGAUGAAUAUGACCACAAACCUUUAUGAGGGACAUAUGGAGAAGGACACCAGAGAGUUCAUCGAUAAACAGGUCUGUGGAACUCCAGAGUACAUUGCCCCAGAGGUGAUUCUUAGACAAGGCUAUGGCAAACCUGUGGACUGGUGGUCCAUGGGUGUCAUCCUGUAUGAGUUUCUAGUAGGCUGCGUCCCUUUUUUUGGUGAUACACCAGAAGAACUUUUUGGACAGGUGGUCAGUGAUGAUAUUGAGUGGCCAAAAGGAGAUGAUGCACUACCUGCUGAUGCCCAGGACCUGAUAACCAAGCUGUUGAAGCAAAGUCCUCUGGAACGCCUUGGAAGUGGGGGAGCAGCUGAAGUAAAACAUCACAUUUUUUUCUUUGGCCUGGACUGGAGUGGACUGUUGCGUCAGAAAGCAGAGUUUGUUCCUCAACUAGAAACUGAGGAGGAUACAAGUUACUUUGACACACGCACAGAUCGAUACCAUCAUUCCGAGGAGGAUGAUGAAACUAAUGACGAUGAAUCCUACCAGGAAAUCAAGUUCUCUUCCUGCUCUCACCGCUUUAGCAAGGUGUACAGUAGCUCAGAACAGCUGGUCUCUCCUUCCAACUUGAGUCUGUCUUCAUCAGACCGGAGCUACAGUGAAGAGAAAGAGUGGGAAGCCCACUCUAUUCUUUCUCCAGCUGAUGCUCAUAAGCAGGGACCAAGUAGUGAGAGAAAACAGGGUGUUCCUAGAGGCAGCCCAAGACCCAGGGCAUCAUCCAGUUCCUCUCAGUAUGAGAGAUGUGCUAGUCCUCUAGCACUGAACAGUACCAAGAGUCUGGAAGCCAUGCCACACUUCACAUUCCCUCCUGAGGAUGAGGAGGGGCUUGUCUCAAACCUCCAGCGAAUCCGUCUGCGCAGUAACUCCACUGGAACAAGGCCCACUAACCGCAGAGAUCACAGGGCCCCCCGUCGCCUGGGGCAGCAGCUGGAAACCCCAGAGAAACAAAGACCUCCUUUCGGAUGCAAGGUCCCCAAAUCUGCCUCAGUAUCUGGCCUAUCUCUCAUCGUCACGCCAGAUGACAAAACAGGUGGUCUCCAGACAAGUCCCAUGUCUUCACACUCUCUGUCCUCCAACCCAUCAUCACGUGACUCUUCGCCCAACCGUGACCUCUCCCUCAACAUCAGCAGCCUUCGACCACCCAUAGUGAUCCACAGCUCCGGCAGGAAGUAUGGUUUCACUCUGCGUGCCAUUCGAGUGUAUAUGGGAGACACUGAUGUGUAUGCUGUACACCAUGUGGUCUGGUCUGUGGAAGAGGGCAGCCCCGCUCAUGAAGCUGGACUCAAAGCUGGUGACCUCAUCACUCAUGUAAAUGGUGAAUCAAUCCAGGGCUUGGUGCACACUGAUGUGGUGGAGCUUCUACUGAAGAGUGGUAGCAGAGUGACAUUGCAAACAACUGCCCUGGAGAACACCUCAAUAAAGAUUGGGCCGGCGAGAAAGACCAGCUAUCGUGGGAAGAUGGCACGGCGCAGCAAAAAGAGUAAAAGGAAGGAUGGCCAAGACAACAACAAGCGUCGCAGCCUCUUGAAGAAGUUGCCCAAACAUAGCCCUGGAAUUCAAAGUAGUCGGAGCUUCUCCUCUGGUUUCCAGCACUCACCUAAUGACAGCUUAUCUGACUCUCCUACACCAAGCUUAUCACCGGGGCCCAACACUCCAUGCAGAAGUCCUGCCCCAGACCUGUCUGGGGAUUCCAACUCUCCUCAGAGUUCCUCUCCAUGCUCAAGCUCUCCAAACUCACCAAUCCCCCAAAGCCGCCCUAGUUCCCUUCAUGUCCUGGGGUCCAAGCUUAGCCUCCGGUAUAGUAAGGCAGGGCGCUGCAAAUCGACCAGUAGCAUCCCUCCUUCUCCACUGGCCUGUAACCCUUCUGCACAGCCUCUGUCACCACAGUGCUCUCCUUCCUCCUUAUCUGGAAUUCCCAAAACCCUCCACUCAUUCCAUGGCAAGACCUUGUCCCCGCCAACCAUUGCAAGACACACUGUGCGUCCACGUAGUGCAGAGCCACCACGUUCACCCCUCCUAAACAGGGUUCAGUCUGCUGAGAAACUUUCUGGUGCUUACCAUGGGGACAAGAAGUCCUACUCUACACGCAGGCAUACCAUGGAAGCACCGCACAGUGAAGUUGAUAGCUUGGGAGACUUGUGCUCCGAUGUGGCCUCAGGAUUUGUGUGUGUGGGAGAUCAUGCUAGACAGGGUUCAUAUCUAAGUGGUCAACGAAUUCGAGAUGUGACCUCUGAGAAGCCGAACGAAGUGGUGGUCAUGAGGAAGUUACACCUCUCAGAGCGACGUGACUCGUUCAAGAAGCAGGAGGCAGUUCAGGAGGUCAGCUUUGAUGAUUCCGAUGAGAAGGAAGCCAAACCUACCACAGCUGUUCCAUUCACCCCACCUCGUUUCAAAGCUGCAUGGAUCAGUACAGCACAGUCAGGUGGAAGCUCUGAAGCUAGAGAGAGAAAACCCCAAACUGAGGAGCUAAAAGAGCAGGAGGAUGUAAAGCGAAAUUCCAAGAGUUAG